AUGACGGAAGCAACACCAGACGAUGCGGCCGCUCAGCGCGCGGCAGAGCAGGCUCGCCUUCGCAAGGCGAAGCGCGAAGCAAAAAUCCGUGCGGGCGGCGCGUCGAGAUUGAACAAGAUCACCGGUCUAGGCGGGGGAUUCCAGCGAGAUGAUCCCGCACCGACUCCACCUUCGACCACAUCCUCUCCAGCUCCCUCGGCCACCUCAGCCCUUCCCAAGCCAAACGUGAGCGCCGAACAUGCCGACCCCGAAGAGAUCGAUAUCUCGCAGCACUACUACGAGCCAGCCUCGACUCCCCGUCCCUCCGCCACAGGCCCUCCCCUUGAUCCCAACGCCAUGACCGAGGACCAGCUCCGCCAGAUGAUGCUCGGCUUCGACAGACCUGGUCCCGGCGGCGCAGGUGGAACCCCGCCCAUGAACCCCUUUGCGGGUCCUGGCGGCAUGGGAGCGGGCGGUGUGCCCGGCGGCGAGGAUGACCCCUUGAUGAAGAUGCUCUCGCAGAUGAUGGCAGGCGGUGGCGGCCCUGGUGGGAUGCCUGGCUUCCCUGGCGCCGGCGGUGCACAAGGUGGCUUCCCUGCUGGGUUCCCUGGUAUGCCUGGUAUGCCCGGCAUGCAAACCCCCGAGCAGGCCAAAGCCUCUUCGUCCGCUUACCUCUGGCGCAUUCUCCACGCCGUCUUCGCCAUCUCUCUCGGCUUGUACAUCGCCCUGACGACGACCUUCUCCGGCAGCAAGCUCGAGCGCGAGCGCACGGCGCUGGCGUACAACUACCCCGUCGGCAGCGAUGAGUCGGUCACGGACGUCAACAGCAUGGAGAAGGGCCGCGAAGUUUUCUUCUGGAUCUUUGCGACCACCGAAGCCAUUCUUCUCACGACGCGCUUCUUCAUUGAGCGUGGACGCGCGCCGCCCGCAGGCAUGUUGUGGACCGUUGUUGGAUUCCUGCCGGGCAGCAUCAAGACUUAUGCCGAGACGGUGUUACGCUACGGGCAGAUUUUCGCCACAGUCAGGAGUGAUAUCCUUGUUUGCGUGUUCGUCUUGGGUAUUGCCUCAUGGAUUCGCGGUUGA